UUGUCCUCUUGGUGUCACUGUAACAUCAACGAGGCCAUAAAGGACUUCGUCCAUCCCCUAACAAAGCUUUUGUUUGGUAACUCCCAGCAGAGAAUACAUUUGAUGAAGGAACGGGAGUCGGAUGAGACCGUGUGGAGGUCGGAUAUAGAAAAUUGAUUAGUUGCAGAAACAGGCUCCUGUGUGCUCAUGUGUUGUUGGAUAACGAUGGCGAACGAAAGACGAUGUCGAACAAGUGACUAUUGUAGGUUUGCUUUUCAUCUUUCGUUACUGCUGAUUUUCGGAAAUCAGACUCUGGCUGAAUUGAGGUACUCUAUUCCAGAGGAGGUAAAAGAAGGAACCCUCGUUGGAAAUGUUGCGAAGGAUCUUGGCCUGGACAAAACCUCUUUGAUUGAUCGACGGUUCCGUGUUGUGUCUGGAUCUAAAGACGCGUUUUUCGAGGUAAACCCGGACAAUGGUGCCUUACAGAUCCGUAAAAAAAUCGACAGAGAGGAGCUAUGUCAGGGAAGCGGUGCAUGCUUGAUGGAACUGAAAAUCCUUGUUGAAAACCCUUUGGAAAUGCACCAUAUUGUUGUAGAAAUUACUGAUGUAAAUGAUCACUACCCCAGUUUUCCUGAAAAGGAACAGCACUUUCAAAUAGCAGAACAUACAUCACCGGGAUCUCGAUUCCAGUUGCACGCGGCCCGUGAUCCCGAUGCUGGAUUGAACUCUAUCCGUACAUAUACAUUAACGUCAAACGAUCACUUUGAAAUAGAAAUCAGUCAAAGCGAUGAGGACAAAAUACCAUUUUUAGUGCUGAAGAAGUCCUUAGACAGAGAACAAAAUAAUAAACACUUGCUAUUUGUAACAGCAGUUGAUGGAGGUAAACCUCAAAGAUCAGGGACACUGAAUGUUUCCAUUAUUGUUCUUGAUAUUAAUGAUAAUCGUCCGAUGUUUAGUCAGGACACUUAUCAAAUUGAAAUAUAUGAAAACAUCCCAGUUGGUACUACUAUUACAAGAGUGAAUGCAAUAGAUCCAGACGAAGGGACUAAUGGGGAAAUAGAGUACAGCCUUAGCAAAACAUUAGCACGUAAAGUCUACGAUAUAUUUGAAUUGGAUAGUUUAAGUGGACAAAUUAAAAUGAAAGGAGCGUUGGAUUUUGAGGAAUCAGAGAUUUAUAAGCUAGAUGUUGAGGCAUCUGACAAAGGAACGCCUCCAUUAACAAGCAGGUGCAGGGUCAUUGUAAAGAUAAAAGACGUCAAUGAUAAUCCACCAGACAUAGAAGUCACAUCGCUGUCAAAUACAGUGUCUGAAGACUCAAAGCCUGGCACAGUUAUUUCACUUAUCAGUGUGACGGAUAAAGACUCCGGUGUUAAUGGAAAAAUAAUUUCACGCAUAACCAAUGACGUUCCUUUUGAAUUAAAGCCCUCCUAUAAAGAAAACAUAUAUUCAGUUGUCACGAAGGGAUUUUUGGAUAGGGAGGCGGUGUCAAAUUAUGAAGUAACAAUACAAACCACCGAUUGUGGUGACCCUCCCUUAUCUACCGUUAAAACUCUGAACAUUCAGAUAUCAGAUGUAAAUGACAACAGUCCAGAAAUCUCCCAAAAUCCAUUAGAGUUUUACCUGGUAGAAAAUAACGUUGCUGGAGCUUCGAUAUUCUCUGUAAGCGCAACGGACAAAGAUGUCAAUGACAAUGCAGCUAUUUCUUACCAUAUUGCUAGAGGAAAUGAUGUAACAUCAUUCCUAAAUGUAAAUUCUGAUAAUGGACACAUUACCGCGCUAAAAAGUUUUGACUUUGAAACUCUGAAAACGUUCCAGUUCCAAGUUGUUGCCACAGAUUCUGGAACUCCGUCACUAAGCAGCAACGUCACAGUGAACGUGUUCAUUCUGGAUCAGAACGACAACGCUCCAGUCAUCCUGUAUCCAGUCAGCUCUAACGGCUCUGCUGAAGGUGUGGAGGAGAUUCCCCGCAAUGUGAACGCAGGACACUUGGUGACUAAAGUCAGAGCCUAUGACGCUGAUAUAGGAUAUAACGGCUGGUUGCUGUUUUCACUGCAGGAAGUUACUGACCACAGUCUCUUUGGUUUGGACCGCUAUACAGGACAGAUCAGAACACUUCGCUCCUUCACAGAGACAGACGAGGCUGAGCAUAAACUGGUCAUACUGGUGAAAGACAAUGGGAACGUUUCACUCUCAGCAACAGCUACUGUGAUUGUCAAACUGGUGGAGCCCAAAGAGGCUUUUGCAGCUUCUGAUGUUAAAAGUGCAGCAAAAGAUGAGGAGGGGAAUGAUGUGACUUUUUACCUGAUGAUAACUUUGGGCUCAGUUUCUGUGCUUUUCCUCAUCAGUAUCAUCGUGCUGAUUGCAAUGCAGUGCUCCAAAACCACAGACUAUACUUCUAAAUAUCUACAAGAGACUAAUUAUGACGGGACACUGUGUCACAGCAUCCAGUACAGAUCUGGAGACAAACGGUACAUGUUGGUUGGACCCAGAAUGAGUAUAGGAUCUACUAUAGUCCCUGGCAGCCAUGCAAAUACUCUAGUGCUCCCUGACAGGAGACAGGCAUCUGGAGAGGUAAGACUUUAAUAUGCAGCAAGUGUA